AUGAAUAAGUUGCAGAAUUAUUUUUUGCCUAUCCCCAAUCCUGACCCCUUCUCAUUGAACAAGAAUGUGUUUUUACAGGGAUUAGUGUUAUUCAAGGAUGUAACUGUAGACUUCUCCAGGGAUGAGUGGCAACAAUUGGAUCUUGCUCAGAAAAGUUUGUAGAGGGAUGUGAUGCUAGAAAACUACUUCAGCUUGGUCUCAGUGGGGUAUCAUAUUUCCAAACCACAAGUUAUCUUCAACUUUGAGCAAGGAGAAGAACCAUAUUUGUUGGAUGAUUGUGAAAUCUGGUAUCAGAGCUGUCUAGUUGGGGAUAUUGGAUUUGAAACUUCACAGGGAAUUUCUGAAGUUUUGUUCCAGUUGGAGAGAACUAAUCCACUCACAGAAGAUAACUCAUUGUAUUCCAUUUUAGAAGAAUUGUGGCAACAUGAUGAAUGGAUAGGUAGAUAUGAGGAAAAUCAAAACAGACAUUUAAGUUAUGUUGCCUUCAUCAGUAGGAAAACAUUAUGUAAUGAGAGGCACUAUGAAUAUAAGGAUAUAAAAGAUAUGGUUCAUUUAAAUUCAUACCUCGGUCCUUCACGAGAAAUACUCCACAACUAUGGCUUAUUUGAAAAGAGUGUAAAGUCUACUGUAAACUUAAAUAAUCAUAAUAGAACCAAUGCAACAGAAAAUCUUGAUAAGAUUAUCAUAGAUGGUGGCAAUUUGACUCAUGUGAAUUCUCAUACAGAAAUUAAUGUUUGUGAAUGUAGUCAGCACAAGAAACUUGAGAGUCAAAUGCAAGUUGUCAUUCAUAAUCAGAAAAUUUAUACUGAGGAGAACCUCUGUUCUGACUACAUAAAAGUUUCCACUUUGAAAUUGCAUGUUUUUGUCUAUCAAAACUGAAGAAAUUGCAUGUUUUUGUCUAUCAAAACUGAAGAAAAACAUGAGUGUAGCAAAUGUGAGAUAAUUGGCACUCAGCAGCCUCAACUUGGUAUAAUUCAGAGUGUUUAUACGAGAGACAAACCCUACAUAGACAUUGAACAUUGGAGGGAAUUUUCCUUGAAGUCAAACCAUCAGAAAACACAUGCUGACAAGAAUCACUAUAAAUGCAAUGAAUAUAUGGAAACUUUUACCCGUAAGUCUGAUAUGUUCAAAUUUCAGAGUUUUAACCUUGGAGAAAAACCCUAUAAAUACAGCGAACAUGGGGAAAUUUCUCAGAAUUCAGAACUCCAUAUACACAAAAACGUUUAUAUAGGAGAGAAACACUUUGAAUGUACUGAAUGUGGAAAAGCUUUCACAAGGAAAUCAACACUAAGUAUGCAUCAAAAAGUUCAUACAGUAGAAAAACCUUAUGUAUGUACUGAAUGCGGGAAGGCCUUUACCCGGAAGUCAUAUUUUAUUGCACAUGAGAGAAUUCAUACUGGAGAGAAACCCUAUGAUUGCAUUGACAGUAGGAAAUCUUUUACUAAGAAAUCUCAACUUCAUGUGCAUCAGCGAAUUCACACAGGAGAAAAUUCCUUUAUGUGUUCAGAAUGUGGGAAGGUCUUUACCCACAAAACAAAUCUCAUUAUACAUCAGAAAGUUCAUACUGGGGAGAGACCCUAUAUAUGUACAGAAUGUGGGAAGGCCUUUACUAACAGGUCAAAUCUCAUUAAACACAAAAAAAUCCAUACAGAAGAAAAACCUUAUAGAUGCAGUGACUGUGGAAAAUCAUUCACCUGGAAAUCACGGCUCAGGGUACAUCAGAAAUGUCAUACUGGAGGGAGGCACUAUGAGUGCAGUGAAUGUGGGAAAGCCUUCAUCCAGAAAUCCACACUAAGUAUGCAUCAGAGAAUUCAUAAAGGAGAGAAACCCUAUGUUUGUACUGAAUGUGGGAAGACCUUCUUCCAGAGGUCACAUUUUAUUAUACAUGAGAUAAUUCAUACUGGAGAGAAACCUUAUGAAUGUAGUAACUGUGGGAAAUCCUUUCCUAAGAAAUCACAAUUCCACGUGCAUCAACACAUUCAUACUAGAGAGAAAUCCUAUGUAUGCAGUCAGUGUGGAAAGGGCACUGACAGAUCAAAUCUCUUUACACACCAGAAAAUUCACACUCGAGAGAAACCCUAUACAUGUAGUGACUGUGGAAAAGCCUUCACUCGGAAGUCAGGUCUUCAUAUACAUCAACAGUCUCAUACUGGAGAAAGACAUUAUGAGUGCAGAGAUUGUGGGAAAGCCUUUGCAAGAAAAUCAACACUAAUUAUGCACCAGAGAAUUCAUACAGGAGAGAAAUCCUAUAUUUGUACUGAAUGUGGGAAGACCUUUAUCCAGAAGUCACACUUAAAUAGACAUAGAAAAAUCCAUACUGGAGAGAAACCCUAUGAGUGCAAUGCCUGUGGAAAGUCUUUUUUUAAAAAAUCACAGCUUCAUGAGCAUCAUCAAAUUCACACAGAAGAGAAGCCAUACAUGUGUGUUGAAUGAAAGGUCUUCACCAUCAGAUCAAAUUUUAUUAAACACCAGAAACUUCAUACUAAACACCACAACUCAAUAUAUCAAAGAAAUCUGAAUCUGAGGAAAAAUGAUUGUCCAAUGCCACAGUCAUGGUGUGGUGAUACAAAGAAUUAUAGCAGUAGGUGCCUCACACCAACAGGUAUCCAAGUGCCAAAUAGUCAUCAGUUAUGUAAGCAGCAGCUUACAAUUAAUGUAACUAGCACUGAGAUCAUGGAACUAAGCCACAAGGACACAGGUCUUAAUAAGAGUACUUUGGAUCCUCAACCUUGUCUACAGAAAUCUGGACUUUCCUACGAAUUUCUGUUGAAGAGACUAAGAAAGUGA